AUGUACGUUCAAGAAUUUAUUAAACGUAACACUGCUAUUGAUGUCAAUGCGAAUGCUCCGGGUGUUAAUAUCCAUAUUACGGAACAUGGUAGUGAUUGGUUAUUUGCUGCUUUUUCUGUUUUCGGCUUGCUUAUGGUAGUUAAUGCCUUUAUGUAUAUUAAAACCAAUGGAGUUAAGAGGGCAUUAUUCAUAAGUCCUUUAAUUACGACUAUAAUUAUGACAGGUGCAUAUUUCAUCUAUGCAUCCAAUUUGGGUAAUGCUGGUGUCCCUGUUGAAUUUACCCAUGCAGAUGCUGGUGUUAGACAAGUUUUCUAUUCUAAGAUUAUUGCUUGGUUCUUGGCUUGGCCAUGGGUUUUGGCUACUUGCGAAGUCAUAACUCAUCCAGAUUUAACUGCUACUGGUAACCGUGGUAUACUUUCAAGAUUUGUUUCAUUUUUCCUGGGAUUAUUUAUUAAGAUUGUCGCUAUUGAGGUUUACGUAUUGGGUGUUUUGGUUGGAUCGGUUGUUUUGUCAACUUAUAAAUGGGGGUUCUUUGCCAUUGGUGUAUUUGGGUUAUUAUCCCUUAUCUUCUUGGUUGGUGCUGAUCUUUUCCAUUCAUUCAAAAAUUCAGCCAAGUCAAAAGUUGGUAACUUCCUCAUUAUCUUUAUUCUUGUCGUCUGGAUCUUAUAUCCAAUCUGUUGGGCAUUAUCUGGAGGUGGAAAUGUUAUCCAACCUGAUUCAGAAGCUGUGUUUGACGGAAUCUUAGAUUUAAUCAAUUUUGGUAUUGUUCCUACCAUUUUGACUUGGAUUGCUAUUGGUAAUGUUGAUGAGAUAUUUUUUAAGAACUUCUGCCACUAUUGUGAUGCUUCUCCCCUUGCAAAUGAAAAGGAAAUUGAUACUACCCCAACUCAUUCUGGUGACACUUCUGUUGCUCCAGCUGGUGUUACUGCUGUUGAUGAAGUUUAG